AUGGAGAGGCUCGACCUGCGGGCAGAUGAUACCCGAUGGUCCUCGAUCCCGACCGAACUGCUCCUCGCAGAGCUCUCGGGACGCGACGAUGUCCCAAACCGACCAGCUUGCGGGUCGGGGAAGAAGGGGUCCUACGACACAGGCAUCCACGUCUUUGCUCUCUUCUUGAUCCUCGCCCUCAGCACUCUAGCAUGCGGGUUUCCUCUCUUCUCCCAGCGCCUAACGAAAGGCAGCAAGCGUCAGCGCAACAUCAUCUUCCUCUGCCAGCACUUUGGCACCGGCGUCCUGAUGGCCACGGCCUUUGUCCACCUUCUUCCGACCGCGUUUACCUCCCUGACGGAUCCAUGUCUCCCACACUUCUUCAGCAAAGGGUACAAGCCGCUCGCUGGUCUCGUUGCCAUGGUCUCGGCACUCGUGGUGGUGGCGCUGGAAUCCUAUCUCACCACCCGCGGCGCGAGCCAUUCGCAUUCCCAUCACGUCUGGGAGGACGACGACAGCGGGGAUAACGACGGCGCUGGGCCUGACCAUGCACGCGUUGGCGGCUCUACAACCCGGCAUACCCGACGCGACCGGCCUGCGAGCAUCGCGUUGGAUGACCUCGAGGCAACCGAAGGUCUUGUCUCGGGAGCGUCCCCUCUCCCCGGUUCGACACCGACGAUGCCACCGGCCAGAGAAUCCCUGCUGAACCGCCGAGGAGACGAGUCACAUGGAGGAGACGACGAGAGGGAAUCACUCGAUCUGGAACUCAGCUUUGAGGAACUACGUCCAAACGCCUCGCCGUCCCCGUCCUCGCAGCAUAAGCCUACACCCGGACCUCCCGCGCUCCAACAUGUCCCUGGUUCGGAGGAGCAGAAGCGCAUGAUGCUGCAGUGCGUGCUCCUUGAAGCCGGAAUCCUCUUCCACAGCGUUUUCAUCGGCAUGGCGCUGUCGGUUGCCACGGGCCCGACCUUUGCCGUGUUUCUCAUCGCCAUUUCCUUUCACCAAUCAUUCGAAGGCCUCGCCCUCGGCACGCGCAUCGCAGCCCUGCAUUUCCCCCGCUCGUCCCCGCGCCCCUGGCUCAUGGUCCUCGCCUUUGGCGCCACCACCCCAAUAGGCCAAGCCAUCGGCCUGUUUGUGCACCGCUUCUAUGAUCCCAUGAGCCAGACAGGCUUGCUGAUGGUCGGCUUCAUGAACGCCAUCUCGAGCGGGCUGUUGCUGUUUGCUGGCCUGGUGCAGCUGCUGGCCGAGGACUUUUUGAGCGAUGGCAGCUACAAGACGCUGAAGGGGAGGAGGAGGGUGAAUGCGUUCUUGGCGGUCGUCGGCGGGGCUUCGUUGAUGGCCGCUGUUGGGGCGUUUGCUUAG